CAUCGUUAGACUUGAGACACUUCAGCCAAAAUUGAAGCAAUUCAUUCCGGAUGAUGGGUGAAGCAUGAAAUUUAAGAACCCUGGUGGCUCUGAAACCCGGCAUCCUCACCGUGGGCCGAGUCUGAUUAUAACGAUGAGUAAAAAGUGCAGUAGUGUUUACCUUCACGAAUAAUUACGAGCGUUGACUUCAGUCAAUUGGCUGCCACACUUAUCGUGAAAGGAGUCCGCCCUUUCUCCUAGCGGUUGACUUUUGGUGACAGGGUCGUGAUGUCACAGUAAAAUAAUCUAUCAAAUAAAACCGCAAUUUCCAAACAACAGUUAUUCCCGUCCAAUACAUUCUUCCAAUUCACUAUAUCGCAAGUGCUAGCGUGAAUGAGAGAUCCCACGUCUCUUUACACAUAUUCCCACUCUUCGCGAUGAGCGGCAAAUCACAGUUUGAGCAGGGACACUCUGCUCCUGUUAAGCACCAGAAAGUACCUGGUCUUGAGUCCGAGCUCAGCUUGAUCAUGUUUCCGACCCCUAGGAAGGCUUUGACGACCAGAGGUGACUCUGGUAUCGGCCGUUCAAUUGCGAUUCUGUACGUUAUGGAGGGUGCUGACAGCUUCAUUGCGUAUCUUCCAGAGGAGGAGAAGGAUGCUCAAGAGACGAAGAAUGAUAGGGACAAUUGCAAGAAGUUGGUAGAUGCAGCGGUCAAGGCGAUGGGCGGUAUCGAUAUCUUAGUAAACAACCAUGCUUACCAAAUGAUGGUUGAAGACAUCAAAGACCCGUCCGACUUCAACACUAAUAUCUAUCCCUUCUUCUACCUUUCUAAGUACACUCUACCCCAUAUGAAGAAGGGCAUCGCGCCUGGUCCGGUUUGGACUCCACUUAUACCAUCAACGAUGACGGACGAGGCCAUGAAGCAAUUCGUGAGUCCAAUGGGGAGACCAUCACAACUGAGUGAGAUCGCGACUUGUUUCGUAUUCCUGGCGAGUAUCGAUAGCAGUCCGAUAAGCGGACAGACUAUUCACGCCAAUGGUGGUGUCGUCAAUGCCCUUCCGCAAGGGCGGCUACAGCCAACCGCCGCUCGUGUACAGAGGACCUUCUGA